AUGGCGGCCAAUGACCCCUUUACACAGGCGCAGACCGAUAUACUCGGUCUGCUGGACCAGACGCGCCCGCAACUAUCGUCAUAUUUACGGAUUCGGUCAUCAGCAUCAAGUGCAACAACACCGGAGCUUAUCGAAGCACGACAAGAACUCGAAGGCACCCUCACAGAUCUGAGUACCGAUCUUCAAGAUUUGGUGGACAGCGUGAAGGCAGUUGAGAGCGAUCCUUACCGAUAUGGCUUAGACGUGGCAGAAGUCGCGAAGCGUAGGAAGCUGGUUGCCGAUGUCGGACGAGAGGUGGAGGACAUGCAUCGUCAGUUGAACGAGACUGUCCAAUAUGCGGACGGCAAAGCAGGACUUGCUCACCCAGAUAGCUUUGGCGAUGUUGACGGGGACGAAGGGGACGAUUACGGGGCAUGGGAAGAGCAGCGACAGAUGGAAAUCAUGCACGAACAAGACGAAGCUCUAGACGAUGUGUUUGUUACCGUCGGCAACCUUCGCGCGCAAGCCGACACGAUGGGACGCGAAUUAGAAGAACAGGCAGAGCUCCUUGACGAUACUGAAAACAUCACAGAUCGUGUACAGGGAAAGCUUUCCGAUGGGAUGAAGAAGAUACGCUACGUGAUCGAGCAAAACGAGGAUCGCUAUUCAAGCUGCUGUAUCAUCGGACUGGUCAUUGUCUUGUUGCUCCUUCUUGUGCUCGUCAUCACGCUAUGA